AUGAUAGUCACUUACGAAGAUUCAGGUGUUGUGCACUUCCGUUUUAUUGACGCUUCACAUUUGAGGAAUCAGUCCCUUAAUUUCCCGAUUCUGACCAUUGCUGCCUUCCAAAACUUGAUAAACGAUACGGGAUGGUCAAGUUUGCAAGUAACGACAUCACAGAAGUUCGCUGAUCAUUAUCAAGCAUAUUGGGCUGGCUUUCUCGAAGCUAACAUCACACGGAGCCUUACAGAGGCCCAUUGGCUUAACACGGUGGCAGAGAUGUGUCAGGAACCUCUGUCAGUUGAGUGUAAAAAGCUGAAGAAAUAUCUAUCAGCGAAUGUAAGAUAUGUAAUCGAACAAUUUUUUCGAUCUGGUAGAACAGAUGAAUUUUGGUACCAGGUCGGACUUCAAAUGUGGCAGCUCAAAGGGAUAUCUGAUGCGUACGCUGGCCGAUUUGUGGACGAUUCGAGACAGUUGACAAGAGAUUAUUUGUUGAGUUUCAAGGAGGAAGUCCUCGGAAUUUAUCUACUUCAACUUUCAGGGGACUUAGGUGACAUAACAGAGGCCCUCAAAUUAAAAGACCUGCAACAGCGCAAAAACAAAUUCGGUGUGAAGAUGGUUUCACGUCCGUCUUGUUCCGCUCUCAUCAAGCUGGUUGAGGGUGAUGUCUUUUUAUCUCACGUGACCUGGUCUCCAUACACUGGCAUGCUACGAGUUCUGAAGCAUUAUAAUUUUCCCUGGAAGGUCAAAGGAGGCAGUUCAGAUACAAUCCCGGGACAUUCUAUAACCUUCUCAUCGUACCCAAGUGUCAUAUCCUCAGUGGAUGACUUCUACAUCACAAGUGCAAAAUUGGUUACCAUGGAGACCACGAUUGGUAAUUCAAACGACGAACUUUGGCCGCUUGUCAAAAAUGGUGCUCGUAGUUCCGUUUUGGAACCUUUCCGUGUGAUGCUUGCCAACAGGUUGGCCGUAAACGGACAACAAUGGGUGUCGUAUUUUCAGAAACAAAACAGUGGAACUUACAACAACCAAUGGAUGAUAUUCGACGCCAAUCUGUAUUCUCCAGAUAAACCUCUUCCCAGUGAAGCUCUCUUAACAGUCGCAGAGCAAAUACCUGGGAUGGUCUACUACGAAGAUGUAACACACGUGUUGAGGCAACAGACGUACUGGCCAAGUUACAAUAUUCCAUGCUUUCCGGUGAUUUACAAUGCAAGCGGAUAUUUAGAGAAAAGACAAGCAAAAUACGGCGAAUGGUACGAUUACGACAAGACAGCAAGAGCCCAAAUGUUUCGCCGUGAUCACCACACAGUGCGAGAUAUCAUUUCAAUGCAUAAACUCAUGAGGUAUAACGACUUCAAACACGAUCCGCUGUCUAAGUGUGACUGUAAACCACCGUAUACGGGCGAAAAUGGUAUUUCGGCCCGUUCCGAUUUGAACGAUCCGAAUGGAAGAUACGGGCUCCAUGCUUUUGAAUAUCGGCUACAUGGGGGCACUGAUGUCAAGAUUGUGAACUAUACAAUGGUGAAUACGAUAAAUCUGUUGGCAACCAGUGGUCCAACGUAUGACGAUCAACCUCCAUUCGAAUGGUCAAAGGUGCCUCAUCUAGAGACAAAGCCACACAUGCAUCCAGAUUUAUGGAGAUUUGCACCCAUUCUAACGAACUUUAUGGAUUAUGAACUUGCGCUGGACUCUCGUUCCGAGUGGAACCGCCCGAAAUUGAUUCCGGUUUUUUAAACAUUUUGAUUCUACAAUCUUCAUUUGCCCUCGGGCACCUUUACUAAACUGGCCUCUUCGCCUCCAGGUUUCGAUUUCUCUAUAAUGCAUUCGGUGCAGUCGAAUUCAUCCUCUCUUGAUACAGU